AUGGCGACGCAGGCCGCCUUCCUGGUCAAAUUCCCGCAGCUGGCGCUGUCCGCGCAGCCGAGCCGUGGCCAGUCGUGGGUCGCGGUCGCGGCGGGCAAGGUGGCCGCGCCGCGCGGGGUGCGGUGCCGCGCCGGCGGCCUGAUCGAGCCCGACGGGGGCAGGCUGAUGGAGCUGGUGGCGCCCGAGCAGGGCGGGCGGCGCGCGGCGCUGCGGCGGGAGGCGGCGGCGCUGCCGCACCGGGUCCGGCUGGGCCGCGUGGAGACGGAGUGGGUGCACGUGCUCAGCGAGGGCUGGGCCAGCCCGCUGCGGGGCUUCAUGCGCGAGAGCGAGUUCCUCCAAGCACUUCAUUUCAACGCCGUCCGCGGCGACGAUGGGAAACUGGUCAACAUGUCCGUGCCCAUCGUGCUCGCCGUCGACGACGCCCAGCGCCGCGCCAUCGAGGCGUCCGGCGCCACCCGCGUCGCGCUCGUCGACGACCACGACCGCCCCGUCGCGGUCCUUAGCGACAUUGAGAUCUACAAGCAUAAUAAGGAAGAAAGAAUUGCUCGGACUUGGGGAACAAUUGCACGUGGACUGCCGUAUGUAGAGGAGGCAAUUGCAAAUUCUGGUGAUUGGUUGAUUGGUGGGGACUUGGAGGUUAUAGAACCAAUCAAGUAUAAUGAUGGUCUCGAUCAGUAUCGCUUAUCUCCAGCACAGCUGCGUGAAGAAUUUACCAGGCGCAAUGCUGAUGCAGUAUUUGCUUUCCAACUUCGCAACCCUGUACACAAUGGUCAUGCUUUGCUCAUGACUGAUACACGCAGGCGCCUUCUUGAGAUGGGUUACAAAAACCCUGUUCUCCUUCUCCAUCCUUUGGGAGGAUUCACAAAAGCAGAUGAUGUGCCUCUUAGUGUGAGAAUGAAGCAGCAUGAGAAGGUUCUUGAGGAAGGUGUCCUCAACCCAGAAUCAACAGUGGUUGCAAUCUUCCCGUCUCCAAUGCAUUAUGCUGGGCCAACUGAGGUCCAAUGGCAUGCCAAGGCUCGCAUUAAUGCUGGUGCAAACUUCUAUAUUGUUGGGAGAGAUCCUGCUGGUAUGAGCCACCCAAUUGAAAAAAGAGACCUUUAUGAUGCUGAUCAUGGAAAAAAAGUGUUGAGUAUGGCUCCUGGGCUUGAGAGGCUUAAUAUCCUUCCUUUCAAGGUGGCUGCAUAUGACACAAAGCAGAACAAGAUGAAUUUUUUCGACCCAUCAAGGAAAGAUGACUUCCUGUUCAUCUCUGGCACAAAGAUGCGUAGUCUUGCCAAGAACCGUGAGAGUCCACCAGAUGGUUUUAUGUGCCCGGGUGGCUGGAAAGUCCUUGUCGAGUACUAUGAUAGCUUGACACCACCAGAAGGCAGCAGCAAACUGCGAGAGGCAGUUGCGGCGUAGAAGCUGAAAGAUGCUUCAGAUAAGUAUAGUGUUGUAUCCGGUUCUUCACGAUGGCGAACCGAUGAUAUAUGAUUGUAUAUGGGUCGGAAGACUUACAUUUGGGCCUGGUUCCCGACACUCCCUCGUGGUUUGUACUGCUUGCUGUCUACUGGCAGUGUUACGGUAUUUGCCUCCUGAAGCCCAUCAUGUGCUUGGUGCCAAUAAAGAUGGAUUUAUUAUCCUCUGCCAGAUUUGUACAUAACUACAUAUACAGUAUGUUGGUAAUUUAUCUAGUGCUUGAUGUGUUUGCGUAGAUCUCUUCUUAAAAGCAAAGUUUGGUUUUCAUA